AUGGCUGACCAGCACCAACGCGAGAUUGAGGCCUUUGGCUCCAACGACGACUUUUGGAUUUUUGGAUACGGGAGCUUGAUCUGGAAGCCACCGCCACACUACGACCAGCGACUUCCAGGCUACAUUGAAGGCUAUGUACGGCGCUUCUGGCAGUUGAAAACUUGUAGCGAAGAUCACCGGGGUACGCCCGAGGCGCCUGGGCGCGUCGUCACGUUGAUUGAUAGAGCGCAUUGGGCCACGUUGAAAGAUGAGCAUGAUUCUCCUACACGCGUCUGGGGCGCCGCCUAUCACAUUCCCAAGCGGCAUGUCGAGGCCGUGCGCAAAUACCUCGAUAUCCGAGAGAUUAACGGCUACUCGAUCCAAUUCACACCCUUCCACCCGGCCGUCAGCAGCGCACAGGUCAUUGUGGAGCCCGGAGCGCAAGCCGAGGAACCCGCGUCGCCCUUGUCCGGCAUCAAGGUUACGAGCACGGCGACCGUCAUGGACGAAGUCGAGAACAUCAAGUGUCUGGUCUACAUUGGACUUCCCGAGAACCCCCAGUUUCUAGGCUCCCAGGAUCCUGACGCCUUGGCCCAGAAGAUUUUGGAAAGCAAGGGCCCGAGUGGCGAGAACAGGGAGUAUCUGUAUAAUCUCGAGAUUGCCCUGUUAGGAUUAAGUACCGACAGCGGAGAUGAGCACGUUAGUGACUUGGUAAGACGGUGUAGAGCACUUGAAGAAAAAGGGGGCGUCAGGGAGGAAGACGAGGGAAGCACAGAGGAGCAAGAGGAGGUUGAAAGGUAG